AUGUUGAGCUUAAGGCUCCGUCACCAUCACCACCGCCAGUUUCUUUGCUCUCUCCAUACCUCACACGCACCACCACCCGCACGAGUCCGAAUAGCCUACGAGCUUCACCAUCCCCAUCACUCCCGCCACCAUGACCAUCCUCUACCACAAAAACGCCCUCCCACGGCUCCAAUCCUCUUUUUGCAUGGGUUUCUCGUAUCGAAACGCGAGAAUCGGCAGAUUAGUAGACAACUUGCUAAAGACACCUCCCGAACAGUUUAUGCCCUGAUGGAGAUGGCGCGGGAUGUGAAAUGGUUCCUGGAAGAACACCAACUCCAAGAACCGACCAUUAUUGGGCAUUCGAUGGGAGCGAAAACCGCUCUGAUCCUAGCGCUUGAAUCCCCCAAUCUAAUCAAAGAUGUCGUGGCUAUCGACAAUUGCCCUAUUCAUCUGCCGCUGGAAGAGGACUUCGUGCGGUAUCUGCAGGGAUUGGCCCGGCUGCGAGAGUUGCCAAUAACGAGCCAUCGGCAGGCCGAUGGCAUUCUGGCGGCUUAUGAGAAGGUAAGGUCUAGGCACAGUGCAGUUACCCGAUUGUUUACACUUCUCCAUCAGCUAUACGUCUCAACCAGGCAGUUCGGCGGGCGCGUGCUCUUCCUGAGAGCGCUCCAGAGCCAGUAUAUCCCCGAAACGGCAUUUCCGAGUAAUUAUUCUUUCUUUCCAAAUGCCAGGAUUGUGGAUGUCGAUAGUAGCCAUUGGAUUGUUCAGGAGAAGCCGGAGGAGGGGAGGAGAAGUACGUAUAUUCCGGUGUGA